AUGAAAGACCAAGAGACAAUUAAAGUACAAGAUUUUAACGAGAUAUUGAAAAUGGGCCAAGAAAAUAUUAAAGUACUGGACAGUGACUUGUCAGAAGAGAGGGAGAAGAGACAGCAUCUGACAUCAGCUUUCACUGCGAUUCAGAAGUCCUUGCAAGUGAAUAGUGAGGAAUUCCAAAAGUCAAAGUCAGAACUCCUGUGCCUUUAUAAGGAAAUUCAGAGUCUUCCAAGGGCUGAGGGCAGAGAGCAGUUUUUAGUAGCAUAUAACCUGCUGCUGAGAGAGAAUUCUGAACUAGAAGCCAAGGUCUUGAAGCUUUCACAAGAACUGGAACUGUUAAAACAUUGCUCUGUAGGGGACAGAACUGCUAAUUUGAUGACAAGUGAAAACGUCUGUGAAGACCUGGUGUCUAAAGGGCCACUUUUGGAAGUGGAGGCUGUGAGCCCGAGUGAGGACAGACAGGCUUUCUGUUCUGAAUUAGGAGAAAGUAAACAGGAGGAAAUGCCAGACGAGUCAGUGAAGGCGGCCACUUUCCCAAGAGAGAGGCAGGAGUCACAGCAGAUGCGAGGCCAUGAACAGCCAUUGGCCGUGGAGCCCAAGGAAGUUGGGAGGCUUGAAGACGAGCCAAGCCUCCAGUCUCAGAGCUGUGGUGAUAGUUCAGAUGGCAGCAGCACCAAGGUAGGUGCUGCAGACGCACGCUCUGGGUCCUCUCCUUCUGACUAG